AUGAGUCUGAAAGUUGCUAUCAAUGUUAGAUCAAAAUUCUAUUCACCAAAUCAAUUAUUAAGUCAACCGUUAGAUCAACUGUUAAGUCAACUGUUAGAACAUAUAACAUUUACAUCAACCGUUAGAUCAACCGUUAAAUUAACCAUUAGAUCAACUGUUAGAUCAAAACCGUUAGAUCAACUGUUAGAUCAACCGUUAGAUUACGACCGUUAG